AUGUACAAAUAUAAUAAUUUUCCCGCGCCAAAGUGUUCAUUUCUUAUAUUACUUUUGGUCUUCUUAUUUGGAAUAUUUUCUUCAAUUAUCAAUGUAGUCAAUGCAUUACCCGCCGAUAUUCCUGGUCUUCCAGACAUUUCUAACCCUAACAUUACUAACCCGACAACUACUGUCGCUCAGAGUUCAGGUGAACUUACACCUCAUGAAAUCGUUGUGGGUAUCAUUCUUAUCGUUACUGGAUGUAUUUAUUGCUUCUUCGGAAGAAGAGUAUACUAUCUUACGUUAUUCUUGAUUGGAUUUUAUAUAGGAGCCAUUGCUAUGUGGAUGGCACUCACUAACAAUGAACCACCCAAUGGAUUUAGUGGAGCAAACAGCCCAACGAUUAUUUUACUCGUUUCCCUCGCAGCAGGUUUAUUUCUUGGUCUGUUGUUCAUUUGUUGUGCAGAAAUCGCAAUCUGGUUAUUAGGCGCACUUGCUGGUUAUUUAUUUGCCUUAUUUAUCCUUGCGUGGGCACCUGGCGGUGUAAUACAUUCAUCUACUGGAAGGAUCAUUUUCAUUGUAGUUUGCGUACUUAUUGGGUUACUUCUCACGUGCUUCUUCAUUGAUACGAUCAUUAUAGUGGCAACAGCCUUUAUAGGCGCGUAUGCUAUAAUCCUUGGUGUUGAUAUGUUUGUUCGUACAGGAUUUUCACAAUCCGUUGUUAGCUUUUUAAAUGGAAAUCUUGAUAUUCCACCUUAUGAUACAAAUACUAAAAUUUAUAUUAUGUUGGGAGCUAUGGUUGUCUUAUUUAUUAUUGGUGCUUUCUUCCAACAUAGAUUUAGAACUGAGAAGUUUUAUCCACAGGGAAGAGCUCCACAUUAUAGUAAUAUAGGUAAUAUGGGUUCAAAGUUUAAAAAUGUGGGAAAAGGAAAACAGUCGGAAAAGUCGGAAAAACCGGCAAACCCGGCUUAA